AUGUCUUCUAGUAUGCAUGGUAUUAAAAUUGCUCGUUCUGCACCUACUAUUUCUCAUCAUUUGUUUGCGGAAGACAAUAUUGUGUUUUCCCGUGCUAAUGCUCAAGAAGCAGAAUGUGUGAAAACCAUUAUGCAGACCUAUGAGCAAGCAUCGGGCCAAGUGGUGAACCUAGAUAAAUCAAUGCUUUCAGUUAGCCGAAAUGUGCCAGAGAAUUGUUUUCAUGAGCUUACACAGUUGUUGGGAGUAAAGGCAGUAGAAAGUUUUGACAAAUAUCUAGGAUUACCAACAAUUAUUGGGUACAGGACUAGCCAUGCAUGGUCUAGCAUUUUAAAGGCAGGAGCAAGAAUUGAAGGGGGUUUGAGGUGGCGGGUGGGGGAUGGUUCUCACAUCAAUUUGCUUCAGGACCAGUGGCUCCCGGAUGGGUCAUCUUUGGUGUACAUGCAUGAGGCUAUUGCAGAGCUGAGGUUGGAGAAGGUGGCAGAUUUAAUGGAUAAUGAGCGUUGGAAUUCAGAGCUUUUGGAGGAGUCAGGUUAUAAAUUUAUCAGGGACAUGGUGCUUCGUGAGGAGGCGUCGUCCUCUUCUAGGCCACUCCUGCAUGUCAAUCAAUGGCGGAAGUUUUGGGCAAGCCCAGCUCUUCCUCGAUGCAAGGCUUGGAGAGCGGUGCAAGGCUUCCUUCCAGUGAGGGGUGCUUUAGCAAAGCGAGGAAUGCAACUUGAUCCUUGUUGUAUAUUCUGUGAAUCCAAGGUGGAAACAAGUGAGCAUUCAUUCCUUAAAUGCCCAGCUGUGAAAAGAAUUUGGUUUGCCUCCGAUAUGGCAAUAAGAAUGGAUAAUUUUAGCUCCAUGUACGACUUCAUGGUUGUGGUUUUACAUGAAGAUGAACCAGAUUUUUCUACUGAUGUUCAUGUGCUUCUGUAUGCGACGUGGGAAGCUAGAAACUCCUUGAUCUUCAAAGGACGGCGACUGGACGUGGUGGAGGUGGUUCGACGGGCUUCAAUGACAAAUCCUAGGGUCGCAGGCAACGAAAACCAAAAAAUGGAGGAAGCAACACGCACAACAACAUGGAAGCGACCAGCGGUAGGAGUAAUAAAGGUUAAUGUGAAUGCAUCAAUUAAGGAUGGAGUGUGUGGCUAUGGCAUGGUGGCAAGAGAUUCAAAUGGAAAGGUCUUGGGAGCUGCUACAUUUUACCCAGUAAAUGCCAUUUCCCCAUUGUUAGGAGAAGCUUCAAGUCUUCGUUCGGCGGUGCAAUUAGCUGUGGAGUUUGGGUUUCGUUCUGUGUGCUUUGAGACGGAUUGUCUUCAACUAUUUAGGUGGUGGAAAAAAGGGACAUCGGGUUUAUCUUAUUUAGAUGCUUUUGUUCAUGAUUGUCCUUCUUUACUUCCUGCUUUUAGCUUUUUUGAUUUCAUUUUUGUAAGACGUUCAGGAAAUUAUGUUGCAGACUUUUUGGCGAGGAACGCUUCUGAUUUCCCCAACUCUAUUUGGGUGGAAGAGGUUCCUCAUGUUGUGGAUCAUUUGGUGGUCACUGAUGUAUUGGCGUCUUCACCUAGUUUGAUUUAA